AUGACAUCAAAUCGUCAAGAAAUUCUCAUUCAAACCACUAGCGACAAUGACACAAUUCCAAUAUUUGCUGGUCAUUCGUGUGAAAUCUCAAUGUUAGCCGUCAACGCAGAUGGAACUUUAUUGGCGAGUGGAGAUAUGAGCGGCAAAUAUUGUCUAUGGGAUAUUGCAAGCCGGCAAUGUAUCAAGUCAAUGGACGAUGAUCAGCCGAAAUGGUAUUCACAAAUGCAUUCAUUGUUCGAAGAUGGUGGUGACGAUGAGGUGGAGAGGCUACGCCGAGAGAUUUGUGCAUAUAAAAUCAUUGUCGUUCGCUUGCAAAAAGCCAACCAGGAAUCUUUCUACAAUAUGGCUCGUGGACGUCCCACUGGAUCGAAAAACAAGGAGGCUCCGGUGAAGAGAACCGGAGAACUGCGCUCGCAACUUGAGAAAGAGGGUAUGGGUGUCGCUGAAGUCGGUAAAGUAGCUGGAGAAGAGUGGAGAGUGCUCAAGGAUAAAUCGAAAUGGGAAAAGUUGGCUGACAAGGACAAGCAACGCUACGAGUCUGAUAUGGCCGUCUACAAGAAGAAA